AUGUAUGCCCCAUCGGCCCCAACCGUAGAGCAUGAAGAGUCUCCACACCCACCUCAAAAUCCCUACGCUCACACUACAACACCUCAAAAUCUCUACACUCAGCCUAUACCCCAAAAUUCCCCUGGCUAUCCGCCUCCAGAGCAAAUAGCAACAGGGUAUCCGCUGCCACCUCAAAAUCCCUAUUCUCACCCUCACCAACAAUAUCCGCUUCUGCCUCCGCCUCCACCUCCGCCCGCUCAAAAUGCCAGCGCUCAGUUUGUAAAUAUGAUAUACGUGCAGCCGCCGCCGCAGUUUCAUCUUGUACAAGGCGUGUAUGAUCUUCCUGCACUGUGGGCCUCUGACAUUUUUGCCUGCACGGAAGAUCCUUCCAAUUGUUGCCUCACGUUAUGGUGCCCCUGCGUCACUUUCGGGCAAAUAGCGGAGAUCGUAGAUGAGGGUUCUACGUCAUGCGUUGUGAGCGGAGGGAUCCAUGGGGUGCUUUGUCUUACGGGGUAUGCGUUGGCAGGGGUGUAUGGUCCUAUUUGUCUUACUGGCCUUGGCUGGUGCUAUUCAUGCAUGUACCGAACCAAGAUGCGGGCCAAAUAUAAUCUGGCGGAGACCCCCUGUGGAGAUUGUCUGCUCCAUUGUUUAUGCGAGCCAUGCGCGCUGUGCCAGGAAUAUAAGGAGCUCAAAUAUAGAGGAUAUGAUCCUGCUCUCGGUAAUAUUGCAUUUUUAUGA